AGGGCUAUAAUUUGCUACCCCUAUUACGAAUCAAAGGUUGUUAUCAAUUUCACGCUUCCUUAAACCCUUUUGCAAAAUCUCGCUAGGGUUUAUAGACAGUGGAGAAAACAAGCGAAAAUUCUCUUCGACUAAGAACAACAAAUUCAAGGUUACAGGAAUGGCUUUCUUUGGUAGAGUUGGGAGUUUAUUAAGGAAUGCAGCAAAUACGAAGAUCACUUCUGAGUUGAAGUUACGUUCUUCCCCAUCUGUUUUCCAAGCCAUACGGUGCUUCUCGAGUACUCCCAAUACCAAGCUGUUUGUAGGAGGUAUUUCGUAUAAUACUGAUGAACAAAGUUUGAGCGAUGCUUUUUCAAAAUAUGGCCAAGUUCUUGACGCAAGGAUAAUUAUGGAUCGCGAAUCUGGUAGGUCCAAAGGAUUUGGCUUUGUUACUUACAAUACUGUUGAGGAGGCAUCAAGUGCCAUUCAGGCCUUGGAUGGACAGGAUCUGUAUGGUCGCCGAGUUGGUGUAAAUUUUGCAAAUGAAAGACCCCGUGAUGGUUUUGAUGGACCUUAUGGUGGUGGAGGUGGAUAUUCAGGUGGUUAUGGUAACUCUUCAUACGGUGGUGGGUAUGCUAGUAAUGCUGCUGGAGGUUAUGGCGGAGGUGGUUAUGGAAACACUUACAAUGAUGGAACUACUAGCGGAGGUUAUGGUGGCAACAAUGCGAAUUAUGGUGCUGCUGUGGGCGGUGGUGAUAGCAAUGCUGUUAACUAUGGUAGUCCUCCCGGUGUUGGUGGUUAUGGAAACAAUGCAAAUUAUGGUGCUGCUGUAGGUGGUGGUGAAAGCAAUGCUGUUAACUAUGGUAGUCCUCCCGGUGUUGGUGGUUAUGGAAACAAUGCAAAUUAUGGUGCUGCUGUUAACUAUGGUAGUGCUCCCGCUGUUGGUGGUUAUGGUGGUAACAAUGUGAGUUAUGGUGCUGCUGGUACUGCUAACUACGGUAGUGCUCCGGAUGUUGGUGGUUAUGGUGGUGGUAACAGUGCAAAUUAUGGUGCGGAUGUAGGUGGUGGAGAAAGCAAUUCUGUUAACUACGGUAGUGCUCCUGUUGAUGGUGGUUAUGGCGGUGCUAACAAUGCAAAUUAUGGUGCGGCUGUAGGUGCUAGAGAAAGCAAUUCUGUUAACUAUGGUAGUGCUCCUGGUGGUUAUGGUGGUGGUAACAGUGCCAAUUACAGUGAUAGAGAAAGCAAUUCUGUUAACUAUGGUAGUGCUCCUGGUGUUGGUGGUUAUGGCAGUGGUAACAAUGCGAAUUAUGGUGCUGCUGUAGGAGGCGGAGAAAGCAAUUCCGUUAACUAUGGUACUGCUCCUGUUGAUGGUGGUUAUGGUGCUGCUGCUGGAUUUGGCAACAGCGAUAAUCAUUAUAGUACCGGUGGUGUUGGUGGUGGUCCCAGCAAUGGUUUCUCCGGUAAUCAAUACCCUGGAAGUGCAACGGGGUAUGGCAGUGGCGGUUCAGCUCCCGGGAGCAGCUAGCUUUGCUGGUGGGUAUGAUAGAACGGGAGGACUUGGAUACGGUGAAAGUGGUCAAGAAAAUCUCAGGAAUGAUGAUCAAGAAGUUGAUGCUUUCGCUAAACGGGCUUGACCAAAUUUCGGAAAAUAAAUAUUAGCUUUUUACCAAAAUUAGGUGGACUUGUUUCUGAUAUAAUCUUCAAGCAUGUAUAAUCUAUCAGCAAUAUAGAGCUGGAAAGAAACAUUAUUCCUCUUAGCCACGUUCUUUCCUUUGUCAUGAAUCGGGAAUAUAAUUUUUGUUUUACAUGCUUUGAGUUGA